UUCAAGUAGUGGUUCAUUCAAAAGCCAGUACAUGGUGCUUUUUUAAGCCGCUCAAUUAUUAGUGUUCGAAGACGUAAUAAUUUUUAUGUAAGAAAUAAAUCAUCUUGUGCGAAUUUUCACCCAAUUUGCAUUCUUGGUUGUGCGGUAAUCGAGGAAAUUUUUUUCAUCAGUUUAGAAACUCCUCGUGUUGAGGUUUUUAAUGAACGUCAAUAAUUUUGAGUCGAGUGUUGGAUAAUUCACGUAAUUUUUUCGAGUAUUUACUUAAAUGAAUCGAUUUCUUGAGAAAUGAUGCCUCUUCGUAAUUUGCGCAAGUUAUGGGAAACUUCGAAACAGAAAGAUACUUCUUCAGAAUUGGAUAUCGAUUGCGAGAAAAAAUUGGAAAAUUGUUCAGAUUCCAAAGCAGCUGGAGCUCAAUUACCUCUCUUACAAGUAUGGCCUAGUCAAGACUCUCCUCACAAACCUGAAACUGGCGGACAACAUUUCAUUUUCAAUUGCGAGGAUGUCAGCAGUACUUUGCAAAAUGACUCUGGAAUUGAUUCUGUUCAGGCGAGUCCGUCUUCGAGACCAAGCCAAUGCUACCAAUCAGCCGACGAAUUAUCGCCAACUCCAUCGAAUAAAAGUCGCCGCACGAGUUGCUCGUUCCUGCAUCCGAAUCACGCUCGCUGGAUACGAAAUUCCAUUCCUCACGAGCAGGUCACCGUCGAAGAGCCGAUCGAUCCUGGUGGCAAUACUGUGGGCUCUGGAUCAUCAUCAACGGCCUCGUCAAUGACCAGUAUCGCGGGCGCUGUACCUCAACUAGGAGCCAGACAUUCGGAUCCUUGGGAUCGUCGAAGAAGCAGCGUGAUGACCAGAUACUCGUUAUUCGACGCUUUAGAUUUGGAGUACGCGCUUCUAAGGGCGGCUACUAGGAACAGUAUAGGGCAGAGUAGUCUAUCGCAGUCCAUACAUAAGCUCACUUUUACCCAAAGUUUAGCAUUUCCAGCGCUCGCCAAAGGAUUGGCGGGUAAAAGAAGACCUUCUCAAGUACGAUCUUCCAACCGACCCGAUUCCACCGAUUCCGGAUUAAACGCUUUGGCUAAAAUUAUCACCGUCAUCGUGCUCUUCAUCGUUAGUCUCAUGGUGUUUGGUGUGGUUUUCAAAUACGUGCGGACGUGAGGUUUGCUAGUGUCCCAUGUAGUGGGGCACGUUAAUUAUCCGGCUAAUUUAACCAUUACCGAUGAUAGUAAUUCAUCCGAGUAAACGUUUAAUUUCGAUUUUUGUUUUUCUCGCGUCAUGUCGUGUGCGGUGGUUUUUUUUUCGUAAAUCGAAUUACCUUCCCGAGCUUGUGUGAUAAUUCAUGUUCUUGUGUGUGUGUUUUUUUUGUCCCCCUUUUUUUUCUAUAAGUACUUAACUUUAUAACGCGACUCGUCUGAUUUUGUUCGUCUUGAAAUACUUACGACGACAAGUUUUUCUUAACGAUGUUAAAAAUUGCAAUACUUUUUAUCGGCUUGCAACACGGUAAACUCGAGUACGUCUUCCAAAUUAACCUACGAGCCGCUGGGUAAGUUUUUAUCGAGUUAUGAAAAGUUUUUAAAAUUCAACGUCUUGUAAAUUUUAAUUCUUUCGCAUGAAUUUUACAACCAUUUCUAUCGUACCUACUUAUCCCAAAUGCCGCAGAUAAGCGAAAUUAGCGUAAUUUUUUUACUUAAUUCGACCUACAACUACGAAUAUACCGAGCAAGUAGCAAGUUCAAGCACAGUUGAGUUUUCUUUUGGUACCGGUAGUGUCGUAAGUUUAUGCUGGAGCUGAUAUACCAACUUCAAUUACAAUUAUGUACGAUGAGUUGCCUAAUUUGUGAAAAUGAAGACGCAAAAGGCAAAUGAUCGCCUGAAGAAUUUUUAAUUUGGAUGUUUCCUUAGUUGCUUCUAUUGUGCUGUUUACUCGGUUUAAAUUUUCAUUUGUGCUUUGAGUGAAAGCUACAUUGCUCGUGGGUAGGUGGGUUUUGUACGUGAUUUAGAACUGACUCUUGGAGAAUUGGAGAAAGUUUAUGGAAAAGAAAUGAUCCGAGCUGUUUUUGAUAGCUUUUCCCUCAUUUUGAAGUCUUGCGCGAAUAUUAUUUUAAAAUUGUACUUGUUGAAAAAAGAUCUCAUUUGUUUUCCUUUGCAGAGAAAGAUUUCUUCAAACAAUAGGGUAUUCUUGAAAACGCCAAAACAAAAUAAAAAUCUGGAACUCGGUUCAUUAAAUCUGAAGUAGAACCCAAAUCGAUUGCCACCAUUUUCCAGUUACUUUGAAGCAUCCAACAGAAACAUAUUAUCCUCCAGAAAUUUCAAAUCACUUCAGAAAGCAUUAUGAACAUCGAGAGCUGAAAAUAUAACCCUGUCAUAUAGAAAUGGACCCACCGACUUGAUUUUCACCAUUUUCGGGCCUAUCUGAAUCCUCCAGCAAAAGUUCCACUUUUCUCAAGUAAUUUUAAAUCACUUCAGAAGGCGCUGUUUUCGGCAGCUGAAAUAUGAUCCUGUCAUAAGUUCGACCUUGUGAAUUGAUUAAAACAGGCCUUACUCCUCAAAAAUCUUUCUCUUCCUGUUUUUUUUUCUCUCAGAUUUAGAUACUUGAAUGCGAUUUGUAGAUUUUUAUUCAAUUUCACGAAAAUAAGUCAACCUGACGAGAAAACAGCUGGAUAUUU